ACACUGCACAUGCAACUCAUUCCUUUGUUCGUGAUUCAUCAACCCAUCGCAUCCCAUCGCCCAUCGCCCAUCGCCCAGCGCCCUCGCCCAUCGCCCACAGCCCGUCCACCAUCCCAUCAACCCAUCGAACCAUCGAACCAUCGAACAUCAAUCAGCCAACAUCCAACAUCAUCGUGGUCACCCAUCCCUCAUCCGGACCGCCCAUCAUCCCCCUCCUCGUAUCGACCUAACCACCCCAUCCUGCCCAUCCCACCCGCAUCGUGGCAAACGCUGCUGACUAAAUGCCAGCAGCAGGACGGCUCUACGAGUACUACUGGGUGGCCUUUCUGACGCCCGCGAGACCCACACCAUGGUGCCCUUAAGGCUCGUCAUCUGCCACCCGCCUGGAGCCCACCGACGAGCCCUGCUUUACUUAACUUCACUUAGCACCGACUCCACCAUUCACACCAGGGGCAUGCCUCGCCGCCAACAAUAACCCUCCUCCCGCUUCAUCACCUCCCGAGUCCUGCGUCUGCGUCUGCGAUCAACCGCAUCAAGAUCUUGUCCUUCGCCGCCGCCAGUUGUCGACUCUCAGUCUCUCUCAGAUCUCUCGCUAGCUGCUUCAUCGCUCCCCUAUUCUGGUCUCUUCCCUCGUCCCCCUCCCCCCUCCUCCCCUCUCCGGCCAACAGGUCGAUCAUAUGGGUUGUUCGCUUCCGCAACCACAUCCUUGCUGAACCCUUCUUCGCGCCCGGAAAACCCUGGGCCUUAUCACCGUCCUCCAGCCCCUCCGACAGUGUCCGUUACCUUGCCACCUUCGACUGCGGCGUUGUCUAUCAAGUCCUUUCAGCCCGACUUCCCUGCCUCUAAUCAUCGUAAAAACCAUUCUCAGCUACACCACGCCGCAGCCUCAUCUUCACACACGGCCGCUCCGGAUGUGCCAUCAUUGUGUGGCGUAGAGCCGCAGCCUCUCAAGUGCCUGACCGUUGCGCACUGGCCUUGCCUCACCUCACAACCCCACCAUGGCAGCCAUCUCCAGCCUCGUCCUUAGCGACACUUUACCGUCCAAGGAUAGGAGAGACGACUUGGAGUCACCGACCACCCCGCGGCCCGACCGAUAUGCGUCGACACUGAUGGACGAGGCCAAAGUCGCGGUCAUAGAUCAUGCCCUCCAGUCCCGGCCCAGCGAUUCAAGGCCCUCCCAGCCAUCGAGUCAAGGUACGCCGAUGGAUCACGGAGACACUGAACGAGACGAGUCUACAAUGAGAAGAGAUGGCGGCGAGGCAAUGUCGAACGCCAUGGACAUGGACGACGAUGACACCGGCCAGCCUGGCUCGGACAACGAAGCCGAGCCAGGCGAGGCAGACUCUGCCUCGAGGAAGAAGAAGGGCCAGAGAUUCUUCUGCACCGGCUACCCGCCCUGUAACCUCAGUUUUACUCGAAGCGAGCAUCUGGCUCGUCAUAUCAGAAAACACACGGGUGAACGCCCGUUCCAAUGUCACUGCAAUCGCAGAUUCUCCCGCCUGGACAACUUGCGCCAACACGCUCAAACCGUCCAUGUCAAUGAGGAGAUCCCGACCGACUCCCUUGCUGCCACCGGGACUCGAUUCCAGCGGCAAAUCCGCACCGAUCGUGUUAGACCGACAGGUCGCCCGCGAACCGGCACCGCUGGUAGCACUGGAAGUCACAGUCGUGGGCACAGCCGAAAUCUAUCCGCUUCGAGUGUUGGCUCGACCUCCUCCAACUACAGCAUCGUCACCGAUGGCAAACGACGCCCGCCGCCUCUUCUUAUGGCCAAUGAUAAUGUGAGCAGGCCGAAUUUGGGAAUCGAUCCACCACACACCCCUCCCGCUCAGUAUCGCGGAUACAAUCCAAAUUCUCCUGGUGGUCUGAGCACGCCCACCUCUGCCAAUUUCUCCGCAACUCCUGGUAGCCCGGGCUUCUUGUCCUCCAUGGCUUCGCCGGUGUCAAGCAAUGCCCGCUUGGGUGGCUUUUUUGGCUCGAGGCCGCAGUCCCGCCGCUUGUCCGUACCAUCAGGUCCGAAUCCGUACCAGAGUCAAUAUCCUCCCGGCUACCCUGUUGGUUAUUUGAACCAGAUGGGUCCGCCAAGUUCCCACGCGUCGUCAAAUCCAAGUGUAUUUGCUAGUCCAACUUCUGCAACGUUCUCCAUCGCUCCUGGCCAGCCUGUUCCACCGGGCGAAGACUGGCGCAGGCGAACGUGGCAUGCGUCAACUUACCCGGCCGGCAAUUUCAACUAUGGGCGUCCAGCCACGAGCGGGCUGACAUAUUCGCAGACUCCAGAUGCUCCUCAACCUGCACAUGCUCAACAUGCCACAGCGGCCGCCGGCCAAGCCCCUCGACUGCCAGGAAUCGAGAGUUUCGAUCAUGUCCAACACCGCUCGUACACUCCUCCACGGCGACAACCGAGUCCUAUGCAGAUUGAUACGAACAUGUCCUCAUCGGCUGCAAGUCAAGAUCCCCGUGUACGCCAGGGUCAUGUUUCGUGGGAAGGCCAUCGUCCCAGCCAGUACCCAGAGCUUGACGAACACGCAGACCGAGGUCACGGAGCUGGAUCGUGGGGCCAGCAGACAAUCAAUGAAAUUCAGAGUGUGGGCAUGCGAUUCAAUGAGCCGCCGAGACACGUCGACAUGGGACCUCCGCCCCCGUCCAUGAUGUCUGCUCAACAGCACCAGCAAAUGACACGUGAAUCGUUGGAGGGACAAUCUUCAGCCAAAAGAACGAAACGACAAGCAUGGUAUGGUGGACCUACGCCAACCCGGACGUCGCCGGAAGAUUCCAGCAGCAGUGAUGGCAUUCCUACCCCCGGCAUGACCGCGGUUGAAGUGCACCCGAUGAUCAUGCCCAGUAGUGGGUACAUAGAACCACAGCACGGGCCGUUACCUCCAGAAACACAUCAGAAUGUUUGUCUUGCCCCAGCUCCAUAUAUCGAACAAAGCCGUCACCAAAGGACGACUUCCUUUGGUGAUCGCAACGGAACUGGUGGAGGAAUGAAUCGACUGGAAGCUCUGGUAGCUGUGGCGACAAGUGGAGAUAAUGCUGCCCGAUGAAGAGAGCGGGGUCGAACGCGAAGAGAAGGAGACGACGACGACGAUGACGACGACAACAACUUCUUAAUAGGAAUAGGGAAGCCGUUCCUCGGACAAAACGACCUUCGAAACUGAUCGACACGAUCCUCUAAGUGGAGUCAUAUAUUCGAGGCGCACUGCUUCUGAUCACUGAGUCUUGACGGCCUGCAUUGAGAGAUACCCAUGACGACUCUUUCUUCUUCUGAUACAUGUAUUCUGCUCCUGUUGUUCAUGGCUCUUGGUUCAUUGGACGCAUGCAUUCGGGGUAGGGACUUGUGUUUUUUUUGGGGUGCAAGCAAGCGUUUAGCGGUGGUAUCUUUGGGCGCAUCACGAAAUACCCACGACCAUUUACGAUCAUGUGCUUUUUUUGUAUACGAAGGGUUCUCUGCAGUUGGAUCUUGGUUUGUCUGGAGACGCAUGGAUUAUUGCAAUCAAUCUGCAUCAUUCGCACCUCAACUGGUCCGCUCCUCAAAAACAGCCCUCCUCUUCCCAUUUACGUUUUGACGAUCGUGUAUGUUAGUGACGCCAGCAGGUAAUUAAUGGAAUUGUUUUGUUGCAGCCCG